CUUAAUCCCUUGACCGAGAAAAACACACACAAAGAUGGCAUUGCAUCUUCAAACGAUCUUACCAUUCACUUUGGUUCUAGCAAUAAUUUUAUCAGGGCAAAGAACAUGCGAGUGCGCCAGAGUUUUCACCAUAGUAAACUACUGCAAGGAGACCCUGUGGCCGGCAGUGACACCGGGAGAAAACUUCAAUGGCGGUGGCUUCGUCCUAAAGCCGGGCCAAUCCACCGUGUUCACCGCCCCGGUCAGCUGGAGCGGCCGCAUUUGGGCUCGAACCGGUUGCAAGUUCAACCAAAACGGAAAUGGAAACUGCCAAACCGGUUCAUGCGGCACAACCCUAAAAUGCUCAGCCUCGGGGAAAACGCCAGCAUCACUAGCGGAAUUCACUUUAGCACAAGUUGACUACUACGACGUUAGCCUCGUUGAUGGCUUCAAUGUGCCCCUUUUCGUUAAGCCCAUUAACGGAAAGGGAAACUGCACCACUGCUGGGUGUGACUCUGACCUCAGAGCCACUUGCCCCAACGAGCUUGCUGUUAAAGUUAACGGCAAAACCGUCGGGUGUCGUAGUGCUUGUGAUGUGUAUAACACUGAUGAGUAUUGCUGCAGAGGGAAUUAUGGGAAUCCCUCUACAUGCAAUCCCACGUUUUAUUCGAAGAAGUUUAAGGAGGCAUGUCCAACUUCUUACAGCUAUGCUUAUGAUGAUCCAACUAGUAUUUUCACUUGUUCUGGGACGGAUUAUGUGGUAGCCUUCUGUGCUUCCAGGAAACAACAGGUAUGCUCUUAUCAUAGUAACAAGCUUCACUGCAGUGGAUCACUAGGGUUGAAAUCGCUAACUGGAAGGUGGUGGAUCGUGAUGAUGAUAACAGUGUUUUCGGUGCUUAGUUUGUGGAUUGGAUUCUAGGUCUAGACCAUGAUCAAAGUUGAUUCCACUAUAAGAGCCCGAUUCAUUAAGUUUAAUCAAUUUGAUGAGUUUGUGUAAAUGGAACCCGUUUUUAUCUCUUUUUUUAUGAGGAUGUUACUUACGAAGGCUCUAUGUACGUGUUUAUUUUUAGUGUAAUUUCUUUGUAACCACGGUAAUAUACUGUAUAUGGGAAGCUGUUCAUAUUUUUCUUUAA